AUGUGCUACACACAGGUCAUCCAUAUCACACGCUGCGAGACCCGUCGUCCAGCGAUCAUCAACACCACUACCGGCGAAACAGUUUACCAUCCGCUCGAACCGCCUCGGAACUGCGAGCACUACCGUCCGUUUCGCGACGCAACCUGUCCUUACCACGGAGACUGCUGUUCUCCCGGGCAGAUCUUCUUCUGUAAUGCAAAAGACCUGAGGGAUACGUGUUGUGGUAGGCAGGCCUAUCAUAUAAAUAUUCAUCCUCAUUAUAUGUACGACGAUGGUGUAUUACACCAAAUGGAACCCAUUGACGAUUGGGAGAUACUUGAGACAAAUACGGAUGUUUUCGCUUAUGAGGAGGAUAUUCGAUAUCAAUUCUUUGAAGCCGGCGCAGCAAUGUAUGAACUUGCGCAGGACGCCGAUAAGAUUGUUGAGUGUAUUCUCAGCAACCAGACAUGCUGCCCCGAGGAAGAAGCAGAUUUGUUCAUUGAACAUGGCGAUCUUUAUGAGAUGUGGAGUGAAGCUCACCAUGAAUUUGUGGGACUGAUGGAAGCGUGGGAGAUUCUGGCUAAUGUAGGCUGUAUGGAAGUCUGCCCAGCUUCUCUCCUCCGCGUUCAUCCCUGGAGGGACUGCUUCCAGGAAUGUCAAACGCUACAAAAAGGGUUUCCGCAAUUUAAUUGUCUUCCGUUUGCUUGGGUUGAUAAUCUUGAGCGUCAGGAUAAUAUUCUGCGAUGGCAUCCUUAUUACUCUCAGUACAGAGUCCCUCGUCCUCCGCCAGCGAGGGACGACUCGCUUUGGACAUCGCCUGCACCAUACAAUACCAAGUCGUCUUUUUCUGAACCCCCUGUUACAUGGGAUCCUGAGGUUCAGGAACAAAUUGAGGCGUUGCCUUAUCCUGGACAAUGGGUUGAGGUAUUUGAUGAUAAGGCUCGACAACUGGCUCAGAUUGAAACUGAGCUUUCUGGGCGGCCUAAUUCAUCACUUUCAUCGAGUUCUGGGCCAGAUACUCCUUCGUGGGUUAUUCCUUAUGGUCAGGAACCGGAUAUGGGCUGGAAGGACAUUGAUUGGCACAACUGUACUACAAUGAUCGAGGCUCCUAUGAGUCCGAAGACUCUUCCUUGUAAGGGAGAGAUUACACGGGUCAUGCCCCCGAGGGACAGUUAUAUGAGACCCGAGGACGUGCCUAUGAGUCCGAAGGCUCUUCCAUACAGGGGAGAAAUUGGAAAAGGCAUCCCCCCAUGGAGCAAUCCCAUUGUAUGUCAGGAAGUUAUGCCUAGGGACCUAUUUGGCGAUCAGCACGAGGUUCCAUGGAAUGGGUCUAGUUUCACUGGGACGGAGAAACCGGCAGAGCAGGAGUUUCUCCAUAUCCCGACACCAAUGGAGAAUCUCCAUACCAUUGCGUCUAAAGCAAUGGAAACUCUGAAGAGGAAGAGUGAAGAGGAUUUGGAUGGGGAUAUUAAGAGGAAGAGACCGAGGGGGGCGGAGAAACCGGCAGAGGAGUUUCUCCAUGUCCCUUCACCAGUGGGAUAUCUUCAGACCGUUGCAUGUAGAGCAAUGGAAACCCUGAAGAGAAAAAGCGAGGAUGAUUUGGAUGGGGAGAUUGAGAGAAAGAAGCUGAGACUUUGUACUAUGUGA